AAUUUAAAAUUCCUGGGGCCCUAAGGCUCCACAGAACUAAUGCACCGCUGACUGUGUUCCAGGGCCUGUGUCUCAUCACAGAGGAGCUCCUGCAGACGAGUAUGCAGAUAAAGGGCGCUCGCGUCACCGCAGUCGCAGUCGCAGCCCUGCUCGCCAGCAGAGAGAGAUCAAAGCAGAGAGCAGCGAGCAACGCCGAGUGCGAGAGGUUAAGAUGGAUGAUAAAAACCCCCUGUCUGAGCUACAGGACAUCAGUGACAGUGAGAGGAAGACAAACACACCAGACUCAUCGAUGGGCUCUGGAUCUGAGGAUGAGGAAGGUGAGGAGAAUGAUGAAGAAGAGUCCAGCAGUCAGAGUGAGGCAGAUGAAGAAGGCGAGUCAGGAUCAGACUCUGGGGGGUCAGAACACAGCGAAGGUGCCAUGAGUGAUGAAGAACAGUCAGAGGAGGAAGAAGAGGACCGAGAGAAUGGAAACCACAUUCCUCCCAUUCCAGAGUCCCGGUUUGAUCAUGACUCGGAGGUGAGCGGUGAGGAAGAGGAAGAAGAGGGAGCCGAGGAGGCAGGAGACGUCACCCCACAGUCUCCCUCUCAUUCAGCCACUCCUGAAGACAACUACGUCCCCGAAUCACCGCCCAUCUCACCUGUAGAGCUGAAGAGAGAGCUGCCCAAAUACCUGCCGGCUUUACAGGUACACUCACUCGCGUACACCUGUCUGCUUACUAGGGCGGACCGCAUCCGCUCCCCGGCAUCCAUCAGAACCGCGAGCCGUAACACAGCACCAUUUUAA